AUGGAGAUCUUUGCAGGAGGAGUGAACGAGAGUGACAAGGUCUUCGGUGGAGUACUCAAUGCGUGCUCUGUUGCAGCCCCUAUACGGCACCAAGUCCUCCAAUUGGCGGUGAUAUUCGUGUCCGGCAUCAGCCAACUCAGCCCUGGGGCGUACUUCCUUCGCCGAGACCUCUUCCCCUGCAUUGUUACGAUCAUCACUUCUCCGGAAACCGAACAAUUUACAUUCGAGGCUUCCGUAUUGCUCGCCCUCCUUGCCAAUUUCCACAAAACGGACGCAGCCAAAAUGAACCCUUACCUCAGAUGCAUACGGGAAACGAAGACCGAGAGGCUCAUGCGCAAGAUCUGUUGGGCCUCCAACUUCGCCGCUGACGCCGUUGUCAAAUCGUACCAAAACGUCUCAGAUGAUUCGCCGCCCUCUCUGAGCGCGACAUUCGGUGCAUUUCUCUCGUCAAUGCGCCCAGAUCGAGCGCUGUCGUCGACGCCAGUUGACCUACCGCGCGAACUCUUCAAAUACCAGCCUAUAGAAGCUUGUGUAAUACUACUGCCAAUAUUCGAGUUUCUCCACGCCAAUGAAAGGUUUCAUACAAUCCUCUUGGAGCCACUUACGGUUGAUGCGGAACAGCAAGCGACUGCACGGACCCCUCCGUUACCCUACACACUCUUGACACUUGCUUCCUACUUGCUCACACACGCAUCAUCGGUGCAUGCACCGCGUGCCAUAGGCUAUGCUCAUCUGUCACUCAACAUAUUGCUCGUCAUGGCGGAGAGCAAGAUCAUCAUGGAGGUGUUCUGCAACAGGGGUGAUGCAAAUAUCAGACUGUGCCAUCAAAGACCCCCGUUGCUUGCGUUUACCGGCCCCAGAAAGCCUGUUUGCGCUAUCCUUGACUGUUGUGUGCUAUGGCUGCGGCACAACCUGCACAAGCGUCUCGAAGUGCAUUCCUACUUAAACUGCACGCGCGUGUGUUAUCAUGUCUUGUGGUAUUUGAAAAAAGAACGUAUCAGUCUAGAAUAUCACUGGCUGGAGUUAUGGAAGGCCCUCAUCGGGCUACUCGACUUCCUUGCCAACAAGCUCGACGGCCUCAUCACUACAGGCGGAGUCGAGCGACUCAUUCAGGAGACGUUGAUGAUAUUGGACCUUGCGUUGUGCCAUUCAGGUGCCAUUCUGCCGAAUGCUGUCGCUGUGCACGAGCUAGUGUACGAGGUGGUUCGCUCGGUCGAAGUUCUCAGGAAGCAGCAGACGACCCUGGACAAGUUGGCUCUCCCUGGGUCCGGCUCUCGACGCCGACAAUCCGUGAUGAACUAUAACUCGGAUGCUCUUGCAAAUAUCCUUGCUGUGACAGCCCUCUAUGAACUCAGAAUCCGGGAGGCGAAGGCGACAUCAGCCAGGAGCGCACUGCGAGCUGUGGCGAAGGAGAUUGACCGCGACGGUCUCAGCUAUGGGAAAGAUCUCCACGGCGACGAGCCACCGUGA